AUGGUUGUUUCUAAAGAAUCAAAAUCAAUAAGUUCAGUACGUGAUUUUAUUACUUUAUUUGUGAUUAUAUUCAUUAGUGGGGUUGGAUAUCCAUUAUUUCAAUAUACUACUUCAAUAUAUAGAGCUAAUUUACCAACUAUAACUCAAAAAGAUAUAAAUUUUGAAAUACCAAUACGAAAUGAUCCAGAGGAAUUAAAUAAACAAAUUGAGAAACAAUAUGGAAUAAAAUUCUGGAAAUUUAAACAAGAAGAAAAUGGGGAGGUAAUUGAUAGCUUAGAUAAGUUUGAGAGUGAGUUGAACUCCUAUGGUAAAAGUUUCAAUAAUUAUUUACCUUUCGAUAAUUACAAUAUUGUAAUUUCAUUAUUAGUAGAGAAUGGUAUACCGUUAAAUUGGGAAAUAGAUCAAGCUAUAAAAGAAUCAUUUACUCCAUUUUUAUCCUUAUUUCCUAAUCAAAAUUUUUCAAUCACGACCAAUAUAAAUUAUUUUUCAAAAUUGAAUAAACAAUACGAAAAUGGAAUAAUUAAAGAAAAUGAAUUAACCACAUUUAUUAAUUUCAACGAUUGGAAUAUAAAUCAAAAUAAUGUCGAGCAUACAAUAAAUUUCCUAAUUUAUUUACCUAAAAAUCAAUUAUCAAUUGAAAAUUCAAAAUCUAAUUCAUUUUUAAUUCCAAGAUGGGGUGGAGUUAAAAUUUAUAAUUCAAAAUUACCAUUAAUGAAACAUUCAACAAUAAAUAAAAAUGAGUUAAUUCCAAUUUUACAAACCUUUCAAGCACAUGUUUUUAAAUUAUUUGGAAUACCAAAUGGGAAUAUCUCCAGUUUUAAAAGAAUAAAUUUAUAUAAUCAUAUUAAAUCAACUUAUGAAACACUUGGCAGUUUGUAUAAAUUGACUAAUCAAUUACAAAAUAUAAACAUACCCGAAAGUACAGCUGAUGAAGUUAAACAAAGUUUAAAAUAUUUGGAAAUUGCAAUUGAGAAACAUGAUUUAGAAUAUUCUUUAAAGGCUUUAAAUAGUGCAAAUAAAGCAUUUUUUGAUCCUACUAUGGUUCAACAAGCUUAUUUCCCAAGCGAACAUAAAUUGGCUGUUUUGUUACCUUUAUUAGGUCCAAUUGCUUCAAUUGUUAUAUUUUCAAUAAUGAAAUUGAUAAAACAAAGAAAAAGAAAAAUAGAUUAA